AUGAAAGUGAAGUCAGUUAUCUCAAUUGCAAUAUUUUUGGAUAUUGCUUCAGCGCUCAAGUUCCAACCAUUUAAUAAAUCGCUCCUAAGUGAAGACUCAUUUCUUGAACAAUUCGACUACAAAGACUUGGCCAAUUCCCCUUGGAUUUCAUCACGAGCCAAAAAGUUCGAUGAAGGAAGAGAUGAAAUCGUUUCAUACAAAGGUAGAUGGGAAAUUGCUCCUCCUGAGGUGUAUCCUGGAUAUGAAGAUGACAAAGGGCUUGUAUUGAGGUCAAAAGCUGCCCAUCAUGCCAUUGCUAGAACGUUACCGCGUCCAAUAGAUAAUAAGGGCAAGGAUCUUGUCUUACAAUAUGAAGUCAAACUACAAAAAGGGUUAUCCUGUGGUGGAGCUUAUAUUAAACUUUUGGAUGUAUCAUCAGGGUCUGAUUAUUCGAGAUUUAGUUCUGAAACCCCAUAUCAGAUUAUGUUUGGUCCUGAUAUUUGUGGAAGUAAUAAUAAAAUACAUUUCAUAUUGCGUAGGAAGAGUACAGAAGGUUCAAAUAUCGAGGAAAAACAUUUGAAACACCCUCCAAUGGCGCGUACUGGUGAUUUAUCCACUUUGUACACAUUGAUAAUCCAUGAUAAUCAAGAUUUCGAAAUCAGGAUAAAUGGAGAAACGGCGAAAGCAGGCAAUCUAGUUUCCCAACCUAACUUAUUCGACCCAACUUUCUCCCCUCCAAAAGAAAUCAUAGACCCGGACGACAAACAACCGGCAGAUUGGGAUGAUCGACUCCAUAUCGCCGAUCCAAAUGCCAAAAAACCAGCUGACUACGAUGCAAAACACGCCCGUCGUUUCAUCCCAGAUCCAGCUGCCGUCAAACCUGAUUCCUGGGAUGAAAAUGCCCCACGCUACAUCCCUGAUCCUAAUGAAGUUAAACCUGAAGGAGUGCCAGAUGACGAAUGGAAACCUACUUUACUCAUCAAUCCCAAAUGUCAUACAUCCGGCUGUGGACCUUGGAAUCCACCUCAAAUUCCCAACCCUGAUUAUAUCGGACCUUGGUUUGCACCAGAAAUCAUCAAUCCCAAUUUCCAAGGAUUAUGGAAACCAAAAAGGAUACCAAAUCCGGCUUAUUACGAAACUAUCCAUCCUGGACGAGUAGAUAAGCCAAUUGGAGGUAUUGGAUUUGAAUUAUGGAGUAUGGAUGCAGAUGUCUUAUUUGACAAUAUCUAUAUUGGACAUUCUGUCCCUGAGGCAGAAUUGAUUGGAAAUGCGACAUUUGUGACGAAGUUGCAAUUAGAAUAUGAAAAUAAGAAAUCUGCCCGUCCAAAAGUUAAGAAUGAACCUAUGAAACCUCCUAAGAGUUUUGACGAGAUUAUGGCGGAUAAUGAUAUUGCUACUUAUAAACAAUUUAUUUUGUUUGUUAGGAUGUUUUGGAGGAAGCAAUAUUUAGAGGUGAAGGAUUUUUAUUUUGAGUUUAUGCUAGAUCCUGUGAAUUUGAUUAUGGAGAAGCCAGGUAGGUUUUUCGUUUAUGCUACGUUGUUUAUGUUUGGUGCUACCUUUGCUUUUGGUAUUGGAAGUACGAUUAUGUUUUUGGUCAGCAAUAUUGGAGGUUCAGAUAGAGAGGAGGAGGGACACGAGGUUGUGGCAGAAGAGAAAGAAGACAGCAACGAUUCUCCUCGUAUAGAAAUACUUGAUGAAGUUAUAGGAGAAGAAUCAACGUCUGUUAAACAAUCAGAGAAUGAUAAUGUUCGUAAGAGAUCGGUAGUAUAUGAAAAUACCCCAUUAAUACCCAUUGAUCCUAAUACGGUCACUCACUUGACCUUGGUCAAACCGAAAAACUACAACUGGGGAAGAAGAUUUAGAUUCAUCGUACUCUUCCCCUCGAUCUUACUUAUCAUAGCCUUAUUACUCAUCAAAUCUUUUUCCCAACCAGGCAGUUCCAUCUCCAAUAUCUAUGGACCCAGCCUCAAUCUCCGUAUCUACACCAAUAACAUUCGAUUCGACAACAAACGGCAUCCUGAUGAAUUCGAACGACCUUGGAAAACGAGAAAAGUCCAAGUCAUUAACUCAAUAGAUUUCCAUACAUCCUUCUUAGGCCAUGCUAAUGUGGUAUGUCUCCAGGAAGUCCUCCAUAAUCAACUUGAAGAUAUCCUCGCUGGAUUAAAUCAAAACCAUGAAGGAUGGACGUUUUAUGGAGUAGGACGUCUGGAUGGAAAUAUGUCAGGAGAAUACGCUCCUGUAUUAUUCAAAACUGGUGAAUGGAGAAUAUUAGAAAAUGCAACGUAUUGGUUAAGUGAGACUCCUUGGAAGCCCAGUCGUGGAUGGGAUGCGGCAUUGGAAAGAAUAGUUACUAUGGUCACGCUUCAAUCUAGAUUAAAUCCAUUGAUAAAAAUAAACGUAUUCAAUACUCAUUUUGACCAUCGAGGGAAAUUGGCUAGGAGAAUGAGCUCAAAAUUGAUAAUUGAUAAGAUGGAGAAUUAUAAUGAUUAUCCUUCAUUUUUGUGUGGAGAUUUCAAUACACAACCAAAAGAUGAACCAUAUAAGAUAUUGAAAGAUGCUGGAUUUAAAGAUAGUAGAACUUUGGUAGAUUGGAAGUAUUCAUAUGGCCAUGAAACUACUUUUACUGGGUUUAAUAGAGAAAAUGAAGCAAAUACUAUUAUUGAUUAUGUGUGGUCGCCUUAUUUCACUAGACCAAACUUCAAGGCGGACGACAAUGAUGCGGAGAAUGGUAAUGGGGAUGGCCACAAUGAUCAAGAUGCAUUCAAAGUUAAUAAUUUCUUCAAUUUGGAACAUCAUUUGUACUAUGAUAUUAUGUUGGAACAAUUUGGGAUUAUGCAUAAUUAUUUUAAAGGGUUUUAUUUUUCAGACCAUAGGCCAGUUGUUGCUACUUACGAAAUCAAAAGAACCAGAAUAUUUUGA